AUGAGCUGGUAUCUGAUGAAGACGCCCAACCUCACUGCUGGGAUUCAAUUCACCCUCCUUGGGUUUUCAGAAGGGCUGAAAUUCCGGCUCCAUUUUUUCCUUCUCUUUCUCACCCUCUACAUGUUGACUCUCCUGGGCAACACGCUCAUCCUCUACACCAUCUGCUCCAACCCUCAGCUCCAUUCGCCCAUGUACUACUUCCUUUCUGAGCUCUCUUUCCUCGAUAUUUUUUAUUCCAGUGCGACGGUGCCCAAGAUGUUGAACGGUUUCCUAACUGGAUCCCAAACCAUUUCCUUUGUGGGUUGUGUUGUUCAGUUGAGUGCUUUCCACUGUUUUGGAGGGACGGAGUGUUUCCUGCUGACGGUCAUGGCGUACGACCGAUACGUGGCCAUCUGCAACCCCCUCCAUUAUGCUGGGAUCAUGAGCAGGAUGGCAUGCCUUAAGCUGAUGGCCACCACGUGUCUGGUGGGGUUGCUCCACUCCGCUCUUCAGACAGUGCUCACCUUCCACCUCCCCUACUGUGGCCCUUAUCAGCUUGACCACUAUUUCUGUGACAUUCCCCCCUUGCUAAUGAUUGCCUGUGCAGACACUUCUCUCAAUGAGACUGUUGUCAGGGUGAACAUUGGUGUUGUCGCACUAAGCAGUUUUGUGUUGAUCCUUGGCUCCUAUGUCUGUAUUGCCACGACAGUUCUUAAGAUACACUCUGAGGAAAGGAAGCGGAAAGCUUUUUCCACUUGUGCUUCUCACCUAACAGUGGUCGUCUUCCUCUAUGUCCCUUGCAUAGCCAUCUACAUGCAACCGGCUAUCAGCCACCCGGUACUAAAAAUUGUGGCCGUCUUUUACACAUCAGUGACACCAGCUCUGAAUCCGAUCAUCUAUGCCUUGAGGAAUGAAGACAUCAAGAAAGCAGUGAAGAAAAUGCAGGAUCAAGUGGCGCUUUCACUGGGACACGACACUACUUCUGAAGAAUUUUUGCACUGCAUCUCAUUUUAA